AUGCAGCAGACCCGGGCCUGGGGUCGCCGUCCCCGCCUGACCGCCGGCAACGGCCGGCGGCGUCACGGAGGGCCGGCCGGAGUCCCCGGGCGCCCGCGCGGCUGGGGAGGGAGAGGCCGAGCUGCCGGCGCAGGAGAGUGGGAUCGCAGGGUCCGUUUCCCUACCUCAGCCCCAGUUGGUGACGGCUCCUGGGGUCCCCCGAGCAGCCCAUCCAGAGCUCCUAGGAACGGUCAUUCGCUCUUCCCGUGGGCCCCGCCCCGGCCCCCACCAGGCUCGGGCCCUGCCAGCCCAUCUUGGUGCCCAGGGCCUGGGCGUAAGAAGGGGGGUGUCGUAGCAGUUGAUUUCUCUGACUGUUCCAUCUCCUCCCUGGCCCCCAUCGGCUGGCUCUCCCCGCCCCCCACACCCCUGGGUCGCCAGCGUAGGGGCUCGGCGGCCGUCACAAACCACGUGUUUACAGAAGCCAACGGGCUCAGCCGGGACCUUUCUGCUCUGGGCGACCUCGCCUGCCCUGCCCCGAGGCAGCUGGGGGCUCUCUGGGCAGGGGGCACCCGUCCCGGCUCCCCUCCCCCCCCGCACUCCUCCAAGGAAGGAGCCUUGUGGGCCCAGCUCCCUCCUCAGCCCCGGGACCCCCCAUUUAGUUGCACUCGCCCUGUGCCCCGUCCUGCUUCGAGGGGAUGUCCCAUUGAGGGGACCCUACGAGCCCACUGGCUCCGGCCUCGGGGCUGCCCGCCGGUCCCUCUCAGAGGGCCGCCCCCUUCCCUCUGCACCCCCCAGCUGAGCCCCAGCUGCAUGAGGUGCCCAUCAGAGACUGAGCCUCCUCCCGCCACCAGCCGCCCCCCUCCGGGGGCAGGGCCAGGGGUAAGCCUGGUGUCUGUUUCCUUGCUGAAUCGGGGGGACGCCCGGGGAGAGGAGCCCGGCUUCUACCUGGGCCAGCCGGGCGAGCCCCGCGCCGAGAGCCCCGCCCAGGAGGAAGUGCUCGGUCACGUCCGCGGCGGGAGCCCGGGCAGGGCUGGUCCCGGAUCGGCCCGGAGGCGCCGGGGGCACCGGCCCGAGGGGAAGGGGCCCUUCGCCAUGUCCGCUUCUCCGUCCGGACCCCGCUCUGGGGACAAGGAGGGAGCGACCAAAAUCUCCCUUCGGGGUCUGGAAUCGAACCUCUCUGCCCCUCCCUCCCCCCAGGAACUUGAACCCGACCCCGUCUCCGCCCCCUCUCCCAUCCUUUUCAUCCUGGGAAGCCCCCGAUAA